AUGGCCAUGGCAUCGGACCACGUGAUCGACCUCGUCUCGAGCAGCAGCAGCAGCGACAACGAGGAUGACCUAGCCCAAGCCCGUGGACUCGACGACGACGUGGACGAGCCGCUGCCCGUCGCCGAGUACGGCGAUGCGUCCAAGCUCCUCUCGCGGGCGCUCGAGUCGGCGAUCGUCGAUCUCGAGUCGGAGGAGUCGGAGGAAGACGAAGCGCUGCCGCGCCCACCAGAGGCAUACGAUGACGACGACGCAUACGUGGCGUCUCAACCCUCGAGCAUGGAAGACGAUGACGCCGAAGAUGGCGGUCGCCGCGAGGAAGGCGAAAUUUCCGGCGAUGACAUUGCAGGCGAAGACGAUGAUCUGAAGGAAAAGCAGCUGCACGCAGAGAGCCUCCGCGAAGUGCUCGUUGCGCAACGCAAGGCGGACGCGCUCCGCAAGAUGCAACAAGCGAUGGCCCAGCGCAAGAAGCCCAAGAAGAAGAAAAAGCGAAAGCUCUCGGCAGAUGCGUCGCCGCAUACGUUUGUCAAGCGACAGGUCUUCAUGGAAGCGCCUGCAGACGGCUUUCUUCGCGUGCAUCGCCACGGCAUGGUCGAGAGUCUUCCGGGUAUGUACCACGAUGCGUCCAUGCUGCCGACUCGGUUCAUGCAUCCACCGCCGUACCCUGCGGACGUUGCCCAAGUAAACACGGGGUCUCCCGUCCAGGCGAUGGCACCACCAUUGCCUCCGUCGCCCGAGCCCGUUUUUGACCUCGAGAGUCUCCGAAAAGCGGCGCUGAGCUCGGUCGGGAAGCGGCCACCGCCGAUAAAGGUCGAAGAGCCGGUCGCAAAGAUGGCUUUGGGCCCGUCGUCGCUGACCAAGCCGUCCAAGUACCUCUGGACAAACCCGCAGCUGCAGGUCCCGCGGAAGAAGCCACUCACGGCGCUCUCGCAGACGAUUGUCAUCAACCUCUCGAUGGACGAGUGCGAGCGUGCGCGGCAGCUCGUGGGCGACUGCAUUGAGCCGGACGACCCGAUCGCAAGGCUCAAACAGAAGAUUGCGGCGCGCGAAGAGGCCUUGCGCCAAGGACGAAAGUCGGCCGCGCCGUCGCCAGAGUCAUCACCGCCGCCCGUGGCCUCGCCGCCGUCCACGGGCGACGAGGUGGAGCUAGCGGAAGCCAACAUUGGUCGCCUCGAGGAGCGGAUCCGCGAGCUUCGGCAGCGCAUCGCCCUCAAGACGCUCGAAGUGCCGAGUGUCGUGUAG